AUGAAGCGCUGUACCUGUCAAGUCUGUGUAUUUUUAUUGUUCAGUGGUGGGAGCAUCCAAGGCUGUAUUCCGGAGUCACCAGCAGACUCGGAGCACGGCCAGCAGGCAGGACACUGUGCAGUUCAGGCUCAGGAGACUCCAAAGCUGCCCUCGAGCAGCCCUGUAACUUUGGUGGUGUGUGCUCCUGACGUGCCUGCUCUCAGCCUGGCUGCCCCUUGGGGAACCCUUUGCUGGGUUCCUUGGCUACUUGCCAGGCUGCCUGUUCCAGAGGCAAGCGUGCUUGUGGGACCCAGGACCUGUGUGGUGUUUUGCAGGCUGCAGGUGACCUUUGGGCCAGCCCCUGAAGAACUCAUGCUGGAUACAUCGCAGGUGGCAUCCUGGUUCUUCUUCAGGAAACCGGUAACUUACUGCCUUCUGGAUGUUGGAGACAUCACUCAGAAAGGAUAUGAAAAGAAAAGAGCAAAGCUGUUAGCACGGUACAUACCACUAAUUCAAGGUGUGGAUCCAUCCCUGCAAGCAGAGAACAGAGUCCCAGGCGCUUCGCAAGCUACUGCUGCUGUAUCUAAACAGCAGAAAUCCCGUUCUACCAAUUCAAGGGAUGAGCGCUUCCGAUCUGAUGUCCACACUGAAGCAGUACAAGCAGCACUUGCAAAAUACAAAGAGAGAAAAAUGCCCAUGCCUUCAAAAAGACGGUCUGUUCUUGUGCAUUCUUCGGUAGAAACGUACACACCUCCAGACACAUCGUCAGCAUCAGAAGAUGAGGGCUCGUUACGUCGGCAAGGGCGGAUCACCUCCACUCCGUUCCAGAGCCAUUCCAACGUAGAGUCCUGGCUUAACCGGGUUAUUCAGGGCUCCUCCACCUCAUCCUCUGCAUCCUCCACCUCAUCUCAUCCAGGAGGGAAACCUGCUGCUGCUUCCAAUACUGCUACUGCCACCGCUGCUGCCACUGUGCUUGCAGAUCUCAUGGCACACACCCAGCUAGAUAACCUCUCUGCACCUCCAGAUGUAACCACUGGCCUGGUGGAACAUUUACAUCAUGAGCGUCCACAGGUAGCAUCAGUGCGAGGAGUUCCCAGAGGCUACAACAGCAGCAUUUUGGAAACUGCAGAUGGUGUACCAGUGAAUAGCAGAGUGUCCUCUAAAAUCCAGCAGCUUCUAAAUACCUUGAAAAGACCAAAGCGCCCACCUUUGAAAGAGUUUUUUGUUGAUGAUUUUGAAGAACUGCUAGAAGUGCAACAGCCUGACCCAAAUCAACCAAAGCCUGAAGGAAAUCAAAUGAAUGUACUUAAAGGUGAACCCUUAGGCGUGGUAACCAACUGGCCACCUUCUCUGCUGGCUGCCCUGCAGCGCUGGGGAACUACCCAGCCGAAAGCCCCUUGCCUGACUGCCUUGGAUACGACUGGGAAAGCUAUUUAUACGCUUACCUACGGCAAGCUGUGGAGCCGAAGCUUGAAGUUAGCAUAUACCCUGCUAAACAAGCUGACCACUAAGAAUGAACCACUGCUGAAGCCUGGAGACCGGGUAGCUCUCGUAUUUCCUAAUAGUGAUCCAGUUAUGUUUAUGGUGGCAUUUUAUGGAUGUCUCCUGGCGGAACUUAUUCCUGUCCCAAUAGAAGUUCCACUAACAAGAAAGGAUGCUGGCAGCCAGCAGAUUGGAUUUCUUUUGGGCAGCUGUGGAGUAACCCUAGCUUUAACCACUGAUGCCUGUCAAAAAGGCCUUCCUAAAGCUCAGACUGGCGAGGUGGUUACAUUCAAAGGCUGGCCUCGUCUCAUUUGGUUUGUGAUUGAUGGGAAGCAUCUGGCAAAACCAACUAAGGACUGGCAUCCGCAAGUACGGGAUGCCAGUGCUGAGAUUGCUUAUAUUGAGUACAAAACAAGUAAAGAGGGCAGCACAGUGGGCAUUACUAUAUCUCAUGCUUCCAUGCUGGCACACUGUCACGCAUUGACUCAGGCAUGUGGUUAUUCAGAAG